AUGCCAUCACUAUCAAUACACCUGCUUUCGCUUGCGCUAUGUCUUUCCUCGGGAUUCCAACAAGGCUAUAUAGCCUCUGUUCUUAACCAACCCUAUCUUCAAAUCGAAAACUUCAUCAAUGCGUCGUGGAUUGAGAGAACGGAUAAACCACUGCAAAGGGAUAUGCUGAACGUGCUGUGGUCCCUGCUGAACGUUUGCUUCCCGAUAGCUACGAUUUUUGGCCAGUUUCUGGCUGCAUUCUUAUGCAAAGCCAUAGGAAGAAAAGGAACUGCACUUUUGGCCAGCUCCCUCUAUAUUCCUGGGGUGAUGCUAUGCGCGGCUACAAAGUAUCUGCAUCCGUACUUUGAACUCAUCUAUCUUGGCCGGAUCCUUUGGUCUCUCGCCAACGGGAUAAACAGUGUUAAUGCAACUGUUUGGAUCGUUGAAUGUGCACCGCCUCAGAUUCGGGGAAGAAUGGCUGCGAUGCAAGAAUUUUUCAUGGCAGCAGGUGCUCUCAUAACACAAGCGCUUGGAGUUCCUUUCUCAACUGAUGAGCUUUGGCCGUAUGUCUUCUUGCCAAACGUUCUUUUCGUGUCAUUUUCAAUGAUGAUGUUCGCCUUUGUAUACGAGUCUCCCCAGUUCAUCAUGGAAAAGCAAGGAAAUAAGGAAAAGGCCCGAGCAUCUCUCGCUGCCUACCACGGGGUUGCCGUCGAUGACGCUUCGAUCGAGGCAGAACUCAAAAUUUGUGAAGCUGGCCUGAGUAAGAAGAAUGCAAAGACGAAGGGGGAAGACUGUCCCAUAAAAACGGAGCACGAUUCGAUCACCGUGAUUUUUAUGCCCUGGAAGGCAAGUGAUGCGACUUCGCGAGUUAUACGACAAGCGGCUUGGCUUGGAGUGAUGGUGAAGAUUGCUUAUGUGUUUACUGGUGCGCGAUGUUUACGAGCGUUCAGCACGUAUGUUCUCUACGGUUUGGGUGGAUGGAGUUUCCAAGGCGCUCUCUACGGAUCAUUCAUCACAAGUCUUCUCAGGCUUCCCUUUACCCUCAUUCCGGUAUUUCUCGUGGAUCGGCUAGGCCGACGACCCUUGAUGAUCUCAUCAACGGCUGUGUCGAUUCUUUCACUGCUUACAAUGAUAGUUGCUAUCAACCUUGGCCCUAACUUUAAGGUAGCUAGUCUCAUCGGCCUUUCCGUGCUGUUGCUAAUCACCGCCUGUGGAAUCGGCUCAGUGUCGAGAUUCUAUGCUGCCGAAUUGGUGCCAAGAAACCUUCUUAUAUCUUCUGUUUCGAUUCUAACUAUUUUUGAAGCACUGACGAAAAUCGGCGUGGAAUUUGCUUGGUACCCCAUCGCCAAUAUUAUUGGCGCUCAAUCACUUCUUAUGUUUCUGAUUCCUUCUGCAGUUUUCCUCGCUCUGAUGUGGGCAUUCUGUCCGGAGACAAGCAGGAAAACAGUCAAUGAGGUUCUCAACGAAGUCGCCAUUAGAAAGAAUCUAAAAGUCUCCUUUCCAUUGUGA